UCCGUCAAUGGCUGGAACCCUGGCCCAGGGUCAGUGAGCGGAGGAUGGUUUGCACAGUGUCUGGGCCAGGGGGAGAGAGGGAAGGAGUGGCAGUGCCCCUUAUCUUUGAACAGGCAGAUUCUGGUUCAGCUCCUUCCUGCACCAGAAGUGUGUAAGAACAUCUCAGUAGUCGGCUUAGUUACAAAAUAUCUGUAACACACAAAAACAAAGAGGUGACUCUCAUGCCCCUGCAAUUGAGUGACUGUCUGGGACAUUGCAAAGGGAAUGAGCAUUGCAAUGGGUCACAGGUAGGCCAGACCAGGUGAUUAGAAGGAGAGAAUUUGCAGAUGCUAAGCUGAAACCUGCCAGGACUGGAGUCUUAUUCAGCCGUGAGAGCGCUGCAGUGGCCUGACUCGAGUAAGAGCUACGCAGACAGAAGAAAACGUAGCGUCCGUCACAGCAGCUGCGGGCUAGGAUUCAACUCACAAUCCGACACGGGGAAGAUCGCCGCAUGGCGAAGCGGUGGAAAUGCGGCGACUGCGGGAAGGGGUUUGAUUACCCGUCCCACUUGGAAACCCAUCGACGCAGCCACACCGGGGAGCGGCCGUUCAUCUGCUCCGAGUGCGGGAAAGGGUUCGCUCAGUUGCAACAUCUGCUGGCCCACCAGCGGGCGCACUCCAACAGGAGGCCCCUUAAAUGUUUUGAGUGCGAGAAGACCUUCAAAAGGAGGAACCACCUGAUGCAGCACCAGCAGACUCACACCGGGGAGAGGCCGUACGCCUGCCCCGAGUGCGGGAAGGGCUUCGCCCAGUCCUCCACCCUGAUGAGGCACCGGCAAACGCACACGGGCAGGAAGCCCUUCACCUGCUCGGUGUGCGGGAAGGGCUUCAUCCAGUCCUCCACCCUGCUGAGGCACCAGCGGGUUCACACCGGGGAGAGGCCGUUCACCUGCCCCGUGUGCGGGAAGGGACUGACUCGGUUGAGUACCCUCACUUCGCAUCAGCGCGCUCACACCGUCAAGUAGCGGUCGAACAUGCCGCCCGAGGGCGGAUGUGGGCUCCGGGCGGGAAGCUGAGGCCCCCUCGCUGUGGGGAGAAGCCACUCACCCUCCGUGUUUUGGCAGAGGGAUUCCCUCAAUCCUGCUGAGACCCCGGUGAGUGCUAAUGUCGCUGAUCCCCGUUAACCAGGCUGGAGUUUAAUAUUCCUGGAUGGGUGUUGAAUAAAUCAGCUUUUGCAGAGUCACAA